UUAUUUAUUUAUCUCUCGUGCGUCGUCUACAACCAUGAAGCAGCGUAGUUUUUGGCCAUUACAUUCGUCAUUUUCUUCUGUUUUGUGAUUAGGUACCUCAAAAAGAAAGGCAUUGAAUAGAAAGUUUAAAAUAAUUUGUGUUGUUGACAUCAGUUCGCAAUGAUGCGUAAUAGGUAUUGUGUUGAGGCGGAAUCUGAGUCAGAAAGAUGAGGGAACACGGCCCCGCUGAUAAGAAAGAAUGAUAAUCGGCAAUGUCAAUAUUUAGGCAGUGGUACCUGCAUAUAGGCAUCAAUAAUCCUGUUCCGAUUUUAGCUGCUGUACAACCGUAUUACUGUUUUGCUUGACAUUAUUCCGUUAUCUGCCGGAUGGUUGCGUUGAAUUUUGGUUUAAAGAUUUCUUGGUUUCUGUGAUAUUUCAAGUAAAGGAAUGGUCGAUCUAUCGUUACAAACGGACGAAAACGGUAGGCGGUUGGGCCGGGGAUUAUCCGGGGUUGACAAAUAUGAAUUGGAAUGGCGAAACAUCUUGGACAUCUCCAAUGACGAGACUUUGUACGAUCUACGACAUGCUGCAGUGCGCGGAGAUCUAAGAGCAUCCUCAUUCCGUAGUAUUUAUUGGGCUGUGUUUCUAGGGGUGCUUGAACCGCCUUCGAACAAUUGGGUCAAUCAACGAGAAACUAGCCGGAGAGAAUAUUCUGACCUUAAGUGUAGAUAUAUGCUGAAUCCCCACAGCACUUCGGAACGCUUCGAUGACCCGCUGUCACAAUCGAAGCAAAGCGUAUGGAAUCAACACUUUUGUGACCAGGAAUUGUGUGCAGUCAUAAAACAAGACGUCGUUCGUACGUUUCCCGGGGUGGAUUUUUUCCGAAAGCUGCACAUACAGGAAAUGAUGAUCAAUAUUCUGUUUUGCUAUGCGCGAAAGUAUCCGGCCAUGUGCUAUCGUCAAGGUAUGCACGAAAUUCUAGCACCGUUAAUUUUUGUGAUACAUAGCGAUCAGCAAGCUCUAGAACACAUACGAGAACUGCAUCCUGGAGUCGACCCAACGCUCGUAGCAGUCCUGGAUCCUAUUCAUCUAGAAAAAGAUUCGUUCGUGAUUUUCUCCAAAAUUAUGGACAAGAUUGCGUCGUUCUACCGUAUCACCGAUAUGGUACCAACGGCUACUGGUUACUUCCCAGUUGCAACACCAGCCUCGCCCGCAAGCCCUGAUCCUACAACGAGCGGACAAAAGCGAAAGCCUGAAAUUGAAGUAGUUGAGCAGUUAAACUAUAUUAAAGAUAAAAUACUCAUCAAGGAAGAUUUGCACCUUCACAAUCAUCUUUUGAAACUUGACAUUCCAUUGGCACUUUUCGGUAUCCGUUGGCUUAGGCUGUUAUUCGGAAGGGAAUUCUCUCUGCAGGACUUAUUACUGCUGUGGGACGCUAUUUUUGGCGAUGGAGAAGAAUUAAGUUUGAUAAAUUUUAUCGUUGUUGCAAUGCUAAUACGAAUAAGGGAUAAAUUAAUUUAUAGCGACUACACAACUUGCCUCAUGUAUUUAAUGCGUUACCCGUCAAAUGCUGAUGUUUCACUGAUCAUUCGGCAUGCUUUACACAUGAAGUCACCGAAGGUUUAUGAACGUCCACAAGGUGCAAUGAUAUAUGUUUCUUCUCCACCGGCUAAAAAACCUCUACAGCAACCAGUAAUGCGUUCCAAAAAUAUUGAACUUAAUUAUCUGAAAUAUUCGACGUUGCCAAACGUGCAGAAACGACAGCUAGCCUCUGAACAUCCCCUCAGCGGAAAGGAUGACCGACCACACACGUCCUCGCUACCUCGCAAUUCUGGGUCUAGCUCAAUGAGGAACCCAACAGCAAUUGAGUUGAGAGAAAAGGCUACAAUGGCAGCUAAAAAGGCUGCGGCUGCCUCAAAUCAGGUAGAUGUUCUAAAAGAUUCCAACGUCAGUGACGGAUACUUGGAAGAUGACCCUGAACUUUUAAAAAUUGAGUUACAAGAAGCCUACAAUAUCAUGUCGGUCAGUCGGGCAAAACUUCUGCAAUAUCUUCAAGUGCUUCGACGGCACACGCAUCCUGGCAACCCUACAGGCCGAGUUCAGCAAUCGCUCGAAGGUAUUGAGGAGAUAUGCUCGCUUCUCAAGCCCCGCUUCGAUACCGUAUUUCGAGCACCAGCUCCAAUUGACGCAGCCACCGAGGCCAAUGAGGAUCAUUCCCAGGAAAACCGCUCAACGACGGCACCACCAAUCGUUCAACGGAUGCAAACCCCUCCAGCAAGCCUUAAUUUACAACGCUCAUAUAACUAUGACCUUGACUGCAGGAGGAACAGUGCAGCUAGCGUAUCACAGUACGAAAUACCCGAGGACCGCUACAGUGGCAUUGCGACGAAAAAGCUUGCCAAUCGCAAAGAAGUUGAAAUGCACGUUUUCCAGCAGGAUUUCACCGAUCGCACCCGACGAAUAGACGACAAGGAAUUUCCUUCGGCUAAUCCACUCAGGACAGGGCGCCGAAGCUCCGAUUGACGAAUACUGAAACAGAACUAGAUGGCCUACACAAGUAUUAACCAUGGUUAACACUAUGUCUUACGUCGACAUCAUCGAUACAUAGCUUGGGGAAAUAGUCCCUAGAACGAAAACAAUAAUUUCUACAUAUGGAAUAGUGGCACAUUCUUUAUUACUGAAUAUUUCCUGUUUAGCCGCGUGAGCAUGUUCCAAAUCUGAUUCAAUAAAACACGUUUUUCAA